GUUAUCUGUUUAAACAAUUCACACAAAACUACGCGAGUGUGUUGCUGGUUGUAACGUUAAUAUUUAUGUUGGAGACGAUUAAGGUAACAUUGAAUAUGUUGAUUACCUGUGCCUUACCCUGUAGAUGGUACCGUUGCACUAGAGUUAGGACACCUGUCACAAAGGUCUUCACGUGAACAUGGUAAUACUCGCUGCGUCCCACCAACUGGCCAUCCGUGACAAAUCGAGGAGAACCAAUGCCUAGAAUCAACAAGUCUGUGGUCUUGGCCCUUCUUAUUGCAACUAGCUCUGUGUUUCUCCUGUUUCAGUUGUAUUACUACAGACAGUAUGUGUCAAAGCAUGGAACUCGAUCCAGUGGUAAAGCUGUUCAGAUGGGUGGUGAUGCACAGUGGCAGGUGGUAAAGAAGUUUCUGGGACUGGUGGCCAGAUAUAAUCUGCCUGUGUUCCUGAUUGACACGGCUACCCUGAGUCUGCUACUUCAGGAAUCCCCUCAACCAAGGGACGGCCAAGCUGAAGGUCCUCCUUGCAGCUCCUUCUGCACCCACAGGGACUUCACUACCUUUGCUUUGCUUGCCAAGCUCUGGAAAUAUGAUGCAAGCCUGGCCCAGGCAGCUGCAGAGCGUGGUCUGGAGUUCCUGGAGGUGCGGGGGAAGGACCCCCGCCUGGUGGGCCUGGAUGACCUUUCUGGCACGGAGAUCCCACUCCACUUCCUCUUCCGCCGCAACGGCCACGCGGUCCACCUGGUGGUUUUCUACGAGCGCAGCGGGAAUUACCUGUGGCAUGGCCCGCUGCGAUUGAAGCCCAACAUGGACAGGAAGUUUGUGUCCUUUCGGAAGCUGGACUUUGGCCGUCAGGCUGGGGCCUAUGACAGACCAGAGCUAGUUCCGUCCUUGGUGGAUGGGCUGGACGUGCGGAUCCCAAAGAACAUCUCACGCUUCCUUAAUGAGCGCGCCCAGGCCCGCUUUCUGGAGUGCAGAUACAAGGAUGCACGUGCCUUCUAUCAGGUGUACCCUGAUGAUACGUCCCCAGAGGCCAUGGACUUCAGGAUGAAGGCGAAGAGUCUGCUGCAUCUGGCUGCCCGAACGCUCAGUGACCUGGGAGUGCCGUUCUGGCUGAGCAGUGGCACCUGCCUCGGCUGGUUUAGGCAGUGUAAUGUCAUUCCCUACAGCAAAGAUGUUGACCUGGGCAUCCGGAUUAAAGACUAUCAACCUGACAUUAUCCAGGCUUUUCAGAAGUCUGGCCUACCCCUCAAGCACAAAUUUGGAAAAGUAGAGGACAGUCUUGAGCUCUCUUUUCAGGGUUUGGAUGUGAAAUUGGACAUAUUCUUCUUCUACGAAGAGGACGACGUUGUGUGGAAUGGUGGCACACAGGCCAAGAGUGGCAAGAAGUUCAAAUAUGUGUUCCCAAGGUUCGCCCUGUGCUGGACAGAGCUGCUGGAUCUUAAAGUGCGAGUCCCUUGUGAGACAUUGGACUACGUGGAGGCAAAUUACGGUCAGAACUGGAACAUCCCAGUGAAAACCUGGGACUGGAAGACGUCGCCCUCUAACGUGAAGGAGAACGGGGUGUGGCCCGUCAGGGAGUGGGAUGAGGUCAUACAGGUUUAUUGAUGUGCAGGGGAGCACAGUACACCGGAUGCAAUGUGAAGGAGACUCAGCUGAGUGGCAUUCCUGGGGCACUAUGUCCCCAACGCCAGAUCCAGGGUUUGGCUUCCACAACUCAGAUUUCACCGUGUCCAUGGCAUGGUCAGCCUGUCUCCAAAUCUGUGCUAAGAGUAGGCCCUGUCCUGACCAAUCAGCUGAAAAUUUGUGCUCUGUCUCUCUUGUGGCUCUUGCAAAAAUGUCAACCCUACUGGAGACUUUCUGUCAAUGAAACUCCAUUGUCAAUCUGUGAAUCAUAAGUAUGGAAAGUACUGCUGAAUGAUCUGUAAUUUAUGUGGAUACAUGUGCAAUGAUAAAGAGAAACAUAAUGCCUUUUUUUUUGCCCGACACUUGUGUUUGAAUGCUGAUGCGAUGUACUUGUACUGGAACUGUGACUGCUUUAUUUGUGGAGUUGUUCUUGGCAGUACGGAGCCAGUGAAAAGUAACAUUUUUAAAAUAAAUUUUAUGAGAUGUUUAUAGUGUUCCCUCUUAGCUCUUAAACAUUGAGAGAGGGAGUGAGUGUGUUUGGGAGUGGGUGUAUGUGACAUGCCUGCAUUAUAAUGAAAUGGAAGAUGAUUUAAAUUAGGAACCCACUACUGCUCAAUCCACUAGUUUUGAAAGAAUUGAAAUUCGAAAUUGAAGUUCUUUCCAAAACAAAUAUCUGGUGUCUAAUUUUUGAAAUGUUCUGAUAAAUUAGUGCAAUAGGUAAAUAUAUACAGAGUGACAUGGCUGAAAAAUGUAGUAAAUGUCAGCGAUAACACAUUAGAGCUUAUUUCUUGUUCUGUGCAUAGCACCGUUCUUUGAAUGCAGCAAGCUUUUGGCUAACUUCUACAUCAUGGGGAAAAUAUUGAGAUUGUUUUGAUCUUGUCUCUUGAUUCUUUCUAUAUUUACUAUGGAAAAUGUUCAUUGAGAGUCUGCCUUGAUAAGUGCCAUUCUGUACUGUAUGUUUAGUAUUCACAAAGGGGAUAGUUUUCCAAAAUUCGCCUACUUGCAACUUACUGUCGAGAAGUUUUGAAAUUCUGUAUUUAGGCAGAUUUGUGUGUUUCCAGUCUUUAAACAAAAUGUUUUUCAUUGUAAUAAAGAAUAAGUAUUGUGUGUGUAGGCAUUAA